AUGACAGCCACUGCGCCACCGCCCGCAAUCGUGAUGCAUCAGCCAAAGGAGCCGCCGAUCUUUCGGGGAUUAUCACGUGAGGACCCAGAGACGUGGCUAGAGUCGUACGAGAGGACUGCGGCCUUAAACGACUGGGACAUCAGCGACAAGUCACGCUAUGUGUACUUCGCUUUGCAAGACAGAAGCGUGCUGUUUCAUUAUUAUGUAACAGUAGCCGCGAAUAUUUCCUUACCUACGACCACUUCUGUGCGGACCAAUUCGAGCCGAUACUGCUGCGCAAGUUUGGUAUUAAAAAGUUGGAGAGACGCGACGCCUACGAUCUUCAGUCAACAGCGUUUGCAAACGUCAGAAUGCAAUGAUUCAGCCCACUCAUCUUGUGGCCUUAAUCGGCUACUAACAGCAGCUGCUGUUGUUGAUGAAGCCAAAGGGACACACUGCCCGUCUGCUGCGAAUGUGCUUCUGACACCAGCUGCUGUUGAUGGCUAUGAAGCCAACACUGAUGCCACUCAAGCACGGUUAGGUUCUUCACAAGGUCACACUGCCACUGAUUCAGCACCAUCGUAUUUUCCAGAAGACGCACCUUCAAGUUCCGAAUGUGACGCACUGCCAGCUUGUUCAACAGCUUGUUCAGCAGGUGUGGAAACCACCCAUGAACCGAGCUGCCAGCCAAUUCAAGCUUUGACGGUGCCUGUUGAGUCUCAGCAGAACUUUUGUGCUGCCUGUGGAGAACUUCUGUCUGCUGAGGGCACAGCUGAUGUCACUGGAUCCAGUUCAAGUAGUUGGGAUGCUGAUCAAGCAGUAGUAGCUGCCCUUCACAAAAGAAUAGCUACAUUGAAAGAGUGCUUGAACAACAUGAAGCGGAAAGUUGCUACACUGCAACAACAGAAAAGCCGAGCAAAUCGUAGAAACCAUGAACUCACGCGAAACAUCAAGAAGUACCUGUCACCAGAUCAACUGCAAGGCAUGCGGACUUCCAGUAUGCGAGAGAAGCAAUGGUCUACAGAGACUAUACAGAAAGGCCUCAAGCUCCGUUUGGCCUGCGGAUCCAGAGGCUACAAUGCUGUCAGGGAGCUUGCUGUACCCCUUCCGAGUGAAAGAACUUUACAACGUCGUGUUGAAAACUACAUGUUCUGACCAGGAAUUUUACACGAGGCUCUGCAGUUCCUUGCUUUGAAGGUGAAAGAAUUGUGUAGCUGAAUAUAUUUGUUACAUUAAUUCUCGUGAGCAUCUCUUUCAGCAGUACACCUUGCGCAAAAGGUGAUACCUUUUCCAAAGCCUUCUACUAUGGCAUGUCUCAUGAUCGUAUCAUCGUUUUCGCACGUAAACCAUAACAUUACGUUUUCAUGCGUUGUUAGUGCCAGUGUUAGUGCCUGCCACUGCGCUCUUUGUCGUGCACGUUUUAGCGGCCAUUCAUAAAGUUUCCACACCAUAUUCUGACCUUUCCUUCACUUAUCACUUCAGGUCAUCUAACUAGGCACAAUUCCUCAUAAAUUUCAAUAGGUGAUAAUAUUCUUGCAUGCAAAAAUCGAAAUACAGCUUGCACUGUGCACUGCCUGUUUAUUCUUGAAAAUUAUUGUAUUUUAAAUGUCUUUAUUAAUGCCUU